AUGGAGUAUUUGGGGGCAAUACAAACAGAUGAAUUCUUCCUGCAGCUUCAACAGGCCGCACUGGAGGUCUUUGCAGAGAAUUCUGCCCUCAGUAAGCUGCAGCUGGGACAACUAGCCUCCGUGGAAAGCUCUGUCUUCGAUGACAUGAUUAAUCUCUCGGAGCGUUUAAACCUUGCUAUGUUGACUUGCCAAGCAGACCACGUUUCGAGAGAAGUGGAAGAUGCUACAAAAUUGUAUAAGAAAGAAAGGUGGCUGUCCCUGCCAUCUCAGUCUGAACAGGCAGUGAUGUCCCUGUCCAGCUCAUCCUGCCCACUCCUGCUGAUACGGGACCGGCUGCUUCAGCCGGAGAAGCUUUGUUUCUCCUUACUCAGAAUCUUCUGGCAAAUGCUUGUAGAGAAGCUGGAUGCAUACAUCUAUCAGGAGAUAAUCCUCGCUAAUCAUUUCAACGAAGGAGGAGCAGCCCAGUUGCAGUUUGAUAUGACAUGGAAUCUUUUCCCUUUGUUUUCUCACUAUUGCAAGAGACGGGAAAACUAUUUUAAACAUGUAAAAGCAGCCUGCAUUGUUCUGAAUUUGAACAUGGGCUCUGCAUUACUCCUGAAAGAUGUCCUGCAGCCAGCUUCUGAGCACCUUCCUGCCACAGCAGCCUUAAAUGAAGUUGGAAUUUACAAACUGGUUCAGCAAUAUGUUGAAAUUCUACUCAACUUGAGGGCAAACUGGCCUAACACUGGGAAACAAAGCAUCUUUGAAAAAAGGGUUGUUUUGCAAAGAAGACAGUUGGAUUGA